UAUUCUGAGUAUGCGAUGCGCAUUCUGCAGUGGCUAACGUUCUCUGCGCGGCCGCUCUCCGUAGAAGAGAUGGCCGAAGUCGUCGCCAUUGAUGUGGCAUGCGACCCAGCGUUCGACCGCGAUGAGGUGCUCGAAGACCCGCUGGAGGUACUGAACAUCUGCUCAAGUCUAGUCACUAUCACAACGAACAAGCCGGACGGAAGCGGGAGGCCUGGCCAGCGUAUCAUCGCUCUAGCACACUAUUCUGUCCAGGAGUAUCUUGUGUCGGACAGGAUCAAGCAAGGACAGGCAAAGCAGUUCAGCAUGCAAGAGGUCGAAUGCCACAACGCAUUGACAAAAGGCUCUUUGAUGUACCUGCUCCAGUUCCAGCAGCCACUGUCAAAUAAAGUUCUUAAGGCAUUUGCACUCGCAAGAUACGCAGCACAGUUCUGGAGCAGCCAUCUUCGAAAUACUAGAGACAACACAGAAGAACUGAGUCGAAUAGCGGUGGAUUUGUUGUCAAUAGGACACCCCGCAUAUCACAAUUGGAUCCAAUUGCGUGACCCAGCCCAGCGGAGGGUGAGCACCGUUGCAAGGAUACUGCUCGAGGAGGACGCCGACGUCAACGCACAGGGUGGACACUACGGCAACGCACUGCAGGCAGCUUCAGUGGGAGACCACGAGCAGGUGGUUGAGGUGCUGCUUGGCAAAGGCGCCAACGUUAACGCGCAGGGUAACGAAAAUCACAUCUUUGAAUUUAGGGAAUCGGGCAGUUGUAGCGCACUGUACGCAGCUUCAGCGGAAGGCCACAAGCAGGUAGUUAGGAUGCUGCUUGACAAAGGCGCCGACGCUAACGCGCAGGGUGGACGCCACGGCAACGCACUGCAGGCAGCUUCAACUGGAGGCCACAAGCAGGUGGUGGAGAUGCUGCUGGAUAAAGGCGCCAACGUCAACGCUCAGGGUGUACAAUACAGCAACGCACUGCAGGCAGCUUCAUAUGACGGCCAGGAGCAGGUAAUCAAGACGCUGCUUGAU